AUGGACCUGCAUUUCUUACCCCACAUCGUCGUCAUCAACCCCCACAUCAAGCAGGUGUAUGGUUCCUAUCGCCAAGCCUUCGACUUGCUCACUACGUUCCUAUUGAGCCUCACUCACUACGCAUGCAUAUGCAUGCGCGUUUGCAGGUUUCCCACUCUUAUGCAAGUGGGUGCACCCACCCACAUUCUGCUCGCACCCACAUUCUGCUCCCACCCACAUUCUGUUCCCCCAUCCCAUCUGCAAGUGUAUGACUCCUACCGCCAGGUGUACGACUCCUACCGCCAGGCUUUUGACAUGCUCACAGCAUUUCCGGAGAUCAAGACUCUCGAAGACAAUGUGAAGUUUACUCAGAUGCUUACCAUGCUGGUGGACGACCAUACGCCUCUCCUCGGGGUGCUGGCGCGGGGGGUGAGGGAGUGCGCUCUGCGGCCGCUAGUGGGGAGGGAGCUCGACCUGGACCCCUUCCUGGACAACAUGCUGCAAUCGCGGAUCAGCCGUAGGGCUGCGGUCGCUAAUCAGCCGCAGAGUCAUCGCAUCGCAGAGCACAUCAAAGUCUCUCACACAUGCUUCCUCACCCCGCACCCGUUUUCCAUCCCUCCACUUCCCCCGCCUAAUCACAGGCUGCGAUCGCGAAUUAGCCGCAGGGUCAUCGCAGAGCAUCACAUCUGCCUGCAGCAUCAACGGCCAGGAUUCAUUGGCGUCAUCUGUUCCCAGCUCUCCAUGCAGGCGGUGGUGGGUGCAUCACUCUCCAUGCAAGCAGUAGUCCAAGCAGCAGUGCACAGAUGUGUCUCGCUGCACCUUAUGCGUCUGCCCUCCUGUCACCAAGUAUACGUCCGUCCCCCCGCCCCUCUCCCCCAUCAGCUCUCCAUGCGUGCAGUGGUGGAAGCAGCAGUCAAGCCGUGCACGGACGUCUCUCAACGCACCUUCGGCUUCUGCCCUGAGUUCACCACUCUCCUCUUAACCCCCCACCCGCAACAGCUCUCCAUGCAAGCAGUGGUAGAAGCAGCAGUCAAGCAAUGCACGGACGUCUCUCAACGCACCUUUGGCUUCUGCCCUGAGUUCACCACUCUCCUCUUAACCCCCCACCCGCAACAGCUCUCCAUGCAAGCAGUGGUAGAAGCAGCAGUCAAGCAGUGCACGGACGUCUCUCGCCGCACCUUUGGCUUCUGCCCUGAGUUCACCUCUCUCCUCCUCUUAAUCCCCCAGCCGCAACAGCUCUCCAUGCAAGCAGUAGUCCAAGCAGCAGUCAAGCAGUGCACAGACGUCUCUCAACGCACAUUCGGAUUCUGCCCUGAGUUCACCGUGCAUGGGGAUGUGCACUCCACUCCACCUUCUGCUGCUCCCCUUCCCCUCCCCCCAUUCCACCAGCUCUCCAUGCAAGCAGUGCUCUCCAUGGCAAGCAGUGCACAGAUGUCUCUCGCUGCACAUUUGUCUCAGCAGUUCCCCUUCCCCCGUUCUCCUCGCUCCACCCCUUCCUUCCAGCUCUCAAUGCAAGCGGUGGUCGAAGCAGCGGUCAAGCAGUGCGCGGACGUGUCUCGCCGCACGUUCGGCUUCUGCCCUGAGUUUGACGUGCAUGGGGAUGUGCACUCCACCUUUGCCUACGUGCCGGCACACAUCGAGUACAUGCUGUUCGAGAUUCUCAAGUUUGACGUGCAUGGCGAUCUGCACUCCACCUUUGCCUAUGUGCUGGCGCACAUCGAGUACAUGCUGUUUGAGAUUCUCAAGUUUGACGUGCAUGGGGAUGUGCAAUCCACCUUUGCUUACGUGCCGGCACUCAUCGAAUACAUGCUCUUUGAGAUACUCAAGAACGCAUCGCGAGCAGUGGAGCAUCGUCUGAAGAAGGCGCACGAGGAGGGCAAGACAGCCUCUCAUAACGCAUCGCGGGCAGUGGUGGAGCAUCAUUUGAAGAAAGCUCACGAGGAGGGCAAGACAGCCUCUCAGGCGACCUUUCCUCCCGUUACAAUCACAGUCUGCAGAGGUCACAACGAAAGCACAAUCAAGGUGUCGGACCAGGGAGGGGGGAUUGCGAACGAGCUAAAGGAGAAGGUGAUGGGAGUGUCCCAUGGCCCCUCCUCUCUCCCCAUUUCUCUUUCCCCUCUCAUGGCUGGCCCUCUUGACUCCCAUGGCAGCCCCAUGGCCGGCCUGGGAUUCGGCCUUCCCCUCUCCCGACUCAUGUGUGGCUUUGCUCGGCACUCUCUGCACCACUCCCCACCCAUCUCCACCACUCUCCCCUACCCGCCAGGCCCUCUUGACUCCCACGGCAGCCCCAUGGCUGGAUUGGGCUUCGGCCUUCUACUCUCCCAUCGGAUUCACCUCUGGUUGGCACUAUCUGCACCACUCCCCACCCCCCUUUACCGCUCCCUCUUCCCUCCUCGGCAGGCCCUCUCGACUCCCACGGCAGUCCCAUGGCUGGAUUGGGGUUCGGCCUUCCCCUCUCCCGUCUGCAUGCACAGUACUUUGGGGGAGACAUUGAGGUAA